AGUUUUACCUAAUAUUCACGAGGCAGAAAAUCUCGAGAAUGAAAAAGUAGUACUUAGAAAGUCUCGAAUAUAUUAUAAAAUCGUAUGCGCGACUGACGAUCUCUCGAAUUUCGAAAUUCGAGUAACGAGUGCUCUCGUUAGCCGGCUCGUUUUUGUGACCGACCUUUUCUAUCAUUUUCUAUCUUUUCUCUUUCAAGAAGAGAAAAAGAGAAAGUGUUUUAUUGCCUGGAUUACAGGCCCAGCUGUUAUUGCGUCCCCAAACAUAACCUAGCGCUGGCAUGGUCCAAUAACCCGGCAGCUUUCCGUCGGAUCGGAAAGUCGAAGGGAAGGAUCGCAUGCGCGGUCGACAUCCUCUCGUAGCGAGCCGCUGCGAUAGGCGGUACACUGAGGUGCAUAAAUGACUUCCUUUUUCGGUGUAAAUGGUGUAGAUAAGCGCGCCAUCUGCGUGGUCGAAUGUAUGCUGCGCUUAUCUACACCUAUCUAUUUAUGCACCUCAGUGUACUUUCGUUCAAAGAUUACGUGCAGUCGGCGUUGUCACAUGUGCAUCUUGUCUCGCGUGCAAUAUUUUUUUAAAUCGAUUAGCUUUCUUACUUUCAUAAUACCGUAAAAGAGCCCUUUUAACGAAGAAAUGAAGGUUAUACUUGUGACUGGCGGCUCCGGAUUGGUCGGCAGAGGUAUUCAAAGCGCCGUCGAGCUUGACAAGAGAGACGGUGAGAAGUGGAUAUUCGUCGGCUCCAAGGAUGCGGAUUUGUGCGACAAGGAGAGCACUCGCAGACUGUUCGAGCAGCACAAACCGACACAUGUCGUGCACCUGGCUGCCAUGGUCGGUGGACUUUUCCACAAUAUGUCACACAACUUGGACUUCCUGCGUAAUAAUAUACAAAUGAACGACAACGUACUUCACACCGCUCAUGAGCACAACGUCGUCAAGGUUGUUUCGUGCCUUUCCACCUGCAUCUUUCCGGAUAAGACGGUCUACCCGAUCGACGAGACUAUGGUACACAACGGACCGCCGCAUCCUUCGAAUUACGGUUACAGCUACGCCAAGCGGCUCAUAGACAUCGCGAACAGGGCUUACCACGAUCAACACGGCAGAAUGUACACGAGCGUGAUUCCGUGCAACGUGUUUGGUCCCCAUGACAACUUUCAUCCCUCCGCGAGUCACGUCAUACCUGGUCUGAUGCGCAGGCUCUACGACUUGUGCAAAGAUGGGAACACGGAGGACAAGGUGUUUACCGUGCUGGGCUCGGGUAAACCUUUGAGGCAAUUUAUCUACAGUGAAGACCUGGCGGCACUAACAAUUUGGGUGUUACGGGAAUACGAUUCCGUGGAACCAAUUAUAUUAUCGGUGGACGAGGCGCAAGAGCAAUCGAUAGCGCAGGUGGCCGAGACUCUGGUGCGAGCUUUUAAUUUCAAGGGCAAGGUGGUGUACGACACGUCAGCGGCGGACGGCCAGUACAAGAAAACGGCGAGUAAUGCCAAGUUACGCAGGUACUUGCCCGAUUUUCAGUUUACGCCUUUCGAACGGGCGAUUAAAGAGACCGUUGACUGGUACCUAAAGAAUUACGAUCGAGCGAGAAAUUGAAGGAGAUGCCAUGAGAUUAGAAUUUAAAUUAAAUUACCUUUAUCCAUGCAAUUCCCGUACAGUUCCGUAAAUAUGUGCAUUUUCCGCUCAGAUGCGUUGUGUCAGAUUCAUGUUUUUUCAUAAUUGCCAAUCCGGGAAGAGCUGGCAGUUGUGUCCAACGAUUUGACAACCGUUAGACCACUGAUUUGCUGUUACGAUUGUUCAUUGUAUUUUUGUUAGAACACAAUGUGGUUUAUCAUGACGUUUCAUAUAUUUUCAUCUAGUCCCAAUCCUGCUCGGAUAAUUUACUAAUUUAACGCUGCACGAUACAAAUAAUUGUUCGUUGAAAUUAUGGGAGACGAGAAUAUCGAUAUUGAGAAUAUAUAUAUAUAUAUAAUAUAUUACGAUUACGUAUGACUUUGGCAUAUUGUAAAAUAUUCUAUUUUUGGAAUAAACGGUUUAUGCAACGUA